AAUAUUUGUUGAUAAGGUUAGCGCAAAAAAAAAGAACACAAUAGGGUUCAUUGUUUGCUACAACUUGUCUGAAUAAUUAACCAAUGGCUGCACUCUCAUCUUCCUUCAUCUCAACAGCACUCUCUGCAAAUCAUUCUCAAAAUCAGUAUUUCUUUCUGCCCCAUAAUCCCAACUUGAAAAUAACCAAAAGGGGUUCCUUCAAGCUUCAGGCUGCAAAGGUUCCAACUGGGGUGGAGUUGCCAAAGGAAGUACCAAAGUUGAGCAGACCCCUUUUGGGUUUUACCAAGACUGCUGAGAUAUGGAACUCUAGAGCUUGUAUGAUUGGUCUUAUUGGUACAUUCAUUGUGGAACUGAUUUUCAACAAGGGAAUUCUUGAAAUGAUUGGUGUAGAGAUUGGAAAAGGCCUUGAUAUUCCUCUUUAAAUUGUUGUAUAUGUUUAAUUUCUUCAUGAACAGUGUUAUAUUUAUUCAGUAAUGUACAACACUGAUACAUUCAUUAUUCAAGAAAAUUUUGAAA